UAUUAACGUUCAAAUACCUAUAAUGCCCUUUCAUUCUUGUAUAUAUUGCUCUCGUAAUUAUUUCACACUGUCGUUGCUCCAGAAUCUCACGAUUCUUCCCAUACACCUGGCUGCUGCAUACAAGAAAGCACGGAGUCUUGAGAUCCUCUUGGAUUCAGGUGCCGAUCCAGAGCUAAGGGACCAGUGUGGUCGAAAUACUCUGCAUCUCGUGGUCACCAAUUGGCCAAAUGCCUUAACGACCUGGCCAAGCAUCAGCCCGAGAUUUCAGAAAAACAUGACCACAAUGCAUCAGCGUGCUGAGGACUGCCUACGGGUGCUGUGUGAGUACGGGGUGAGCCUCAAUGCCCCGGUGUACGGCGAAUCUCAUCCUACAGCGCUUCACCUGGCCGUGCGAUUUAGAGCCCUGUCUGCUGUGGCUAUUUUGGGCAGUCAUGGCGCCAAAAUCAACGUUUCUGACAAAUUUGGAGGGACGCCACUACACAUAGCAGCCGGUGUUCUCAACACAAAAAUCACCUCCUGCCUCAUCGAGAUGGGCGCGGACGUCAACAUGGUCGUACGGCAUACGGGCAACAGCGCCCUCCACCUGGCUGUCUACGCCGCCUCCAGAAAGCUGUACGGGACCCUGGACGCCGAUCUCGAAUGCAUCAGCGUACUCUUGGAGCGGGGGGCAUCGGUGGACGCACUCAAUAAGGAAGGUCACACCGCCCUGCACGAAGCUUGCCAUAGUGGAGCAGAGACGAUUGUCAACCUUCUUCUGAAGCACGGCGCCGACAUUAACAAGCUCACAACCUCGGGGGAAAGCUGUCUAUUUCUCUUCCUGGACAAGACAUACAAUCUCAAACACACCUCACUACUGGGUAAACUUCUGAGGUUAACCUCCCCCUUGACCAUCACCAACAAAAAAGGCCUGUUCCCUCGUACGGUCAUGCUCCCAGAGUUCUCGAAACAGAAGGACCGCUUGAUGCAUCUCGCACAGCAGCCCCGAGACCUGUUAGACAUUUGUAAGAUCCACUUAAACCUUUGCUAUAGCGAGAGUUGCAGGGUAGCUUUUAAGAACCUGCUGCCCUCUCACCUGUACGAUUUUGUCUUCAACCACUGGGAGUGCCCCCCUGAUUUGACGUUUUAUGAGGAGGCUGAAAAAAGUCAGAGCUCAGACCCAUUCGAUUUUUUACACAGAUUUCACAACUUCCGCUUUUAAAAUCUUAUGAGUUUGUUUUAAACAGCCUAAUGUUAUGCCUUAAAAAAAAACAAAAACAAAACAGGAACUGAA